CAACCUAACCUUGUCCACAGAUUAUAACAUAACCUCACUGAUUCGUGACCUUGUACUUCAACGUGGUGGUAGUCAGAAACCCGGUGCUUGUUUAUUUUUUGAUUUGAGCAGAAUGAGCGAUACUGAUGAAAGUUCUGAAGAGCCAGAGGUGAAGGAGGAACUGGACAUUAAGCCCUCUACCAGUGGUUCGGUGCUGUUUCCCUCCGAAGCCAAGUUUUCCAACAUCAGGAACAAGCAAGUGCGAGCCCAACAGUUCCAGAAACUCAAGCGGGAGCAGGCCAAAGCUAGCAAGGCGGCCAAGAAGCAGCGCAAACUGGAUGGGGGCCCUAAGAAAAUUCCCCAUACUAUUGAUAGUCUUCGGAGUAAAGAUCCGACGACUGUUACUAAUUUGGAAGAUGACGAAAAUGAGCUGGUACGAGAUGAUCUGGAAAAGGAUGAGUUCAGUGAUUAUUACCGGCAGUCCUACGAGCCUAAAGUCCUUAUUACCUAUGCGGAUAAUCCCUUGAGGAAAACCAGAAUUUUCGGCAGGGAGUUGACGAGAAUAUUCCCCAACUCCAUUUCCCUGUACAGGAACCGAUCAGGGGUGAAGAAAAUGGUGAAAAGUGCCACAGAGAGGAAGUUUACAGAUAUUCUGGUGAUCAAUGAAAACCGCAAGGAGCCCAACGGCCUCUUGGUCAUUCACCUGCCUAAUGGGCCUACGGCCCAUUUCAAGCUUAGUAAUGUGCGAAUUACCACAGAACUGAAGCGAAACCACCGAAACAUAACCGCCCAUCGGCCAGAAGUAGUUCUAAACAACUUCACCACCCGUUUGGGGUUGACUGUGGGCCGAAUGUUGGGGGCUCUGUUUCACUACGAUCCACAAUUCGUCGGACAGCGAGCAGUCACGUUUCAUAAUCAGCGCGAUUUUAUUUUUUUCCGGCACUACAGAUAUGGGUUUGAUGAGGAUGGCAAACGGGCCCGGCUGAAGGAAUUGGGGCCAAGAUUCACUCUGAAGCUGUGUUCCCUGCAAAAGGGCACUUUCGAUAGCAAGUAUGGGCAGUACGAGUGGAUUAAGGAAGGCAGAAGGCAUGCAAUGGAGACCAGCAGGAGGAAGUUUGAUUUGUAACAUGUUAAUGGCGAUUUUAAUUAAAACUCUUCGGUAAAUC